UUGGGUGGAGUCAUUUUCCUUACCUAAGGCUCCUUUCCUUGAACCCAAACAGAUCCUUACUAGUCACCCGUAUCAAAGAGAGAAGACUAAUUUUGAUCGGAGUCCACGGAGAAUUUGGGGUUUCUCCAAUUUUCAAUCGUUUUUGGUUAAGAGAAUUGGUGCAGGCACCCGCUUUGGUGCAGUUGCAGCAGGCCUAGUGAAAAUGGCAAAAGACGACGAAUUGGGGGCUGCAGCCGUUCCAGAAGAAGAGGGACCAUCAGAAACUGCAGCAGCAGAUGAAACUGAGGACAAAGUUGAGGACAAAGUUGCUGAGCUCACUUUAGAUGGCCCGCAAGAAGCUGCAAAAAAGAAGAAGAAAAAAAGUAAAAGCAAGAAGAAAAAAGAAUUGCGGGUGCAAACAGAUCCUCCAUCCAUCCCAGUUAUUGAACUCUUCCCUUCUGGGGAAUUUCCAGAGGGUGAAGUUCAACAGUACAAAGACGAUAACUUGUGGAGGACAACUUCUGAGGAAAAGAGGGAGUUGGAGCGCCUGGAAAAACCAAUAUACAAUUCCGUUCGCCAGGCAGCGGAAGUUCAUCGUCAGGUUCGGAGAUAUAUCAGGCAGAUUUUGAAGCCUGGAAUGUUAAUGAUUGAUCUGUGUGAGACCUUGGAGAAUACUGUACGUAAAUUGAUAUCAGAGAAUGGUCUCCAAGCUGGCAUUGCAUUUCCCACAGGAUGCUCAUUAAAUUGGGUUGCAGCCCACUGGACCCCAAAUUCUGGAGAUAAAACUGUGCUUCAGUAUGAUGAUGUCAUGAAACUGGAUUUUGGAACUCAUAUUGAUGGACAUAUAGUAGACUGUGCAUUUACUGUGGCAUUUAAUCCUAUGUUCAACCCUCUCCUUGAAGCCUCACGUGAAGCCACAAAUACGGGAAUCAAGGAAGCUGGAAUUGAUGUCCGCCUUUGUGAUGUUGGUGCUGCAAUCCAGGAGGUCAUGGAAUCAUAUGAGGUUGAAAUUAACGGCAAAGUAUACCAAGUUAAGAGUAUCCGAAAUUUGAAUGGGCACAGUAUUGGAAGUUAUCAAAUCCAUGCUGGAAAAUCUGUUCCAAUUGUGAAAGGAGGAGAACAAACAAAAAUGGAAGAGGGCGAGUUUUAUGCAAUUGAGACCUUUGGAUCAACAGGAAAGGGGUAUGUCAGAGAAGAUCUAGAGUGCAGCCAUUACAUGAAGAAUUUUGAUGUUGGCCAUAUACCAUUGCGAUUACCGAGAGCAAAACAGCUUCUGGCAACAAUUAAUAAGAACUUCUCUACAUUGGCCUUCUGUAGACGUUAUUUAGAUCGCCUUGGGGAGACAAAAUAUUUGAUGGCACUAAAGAAUCUAUGUGAUUCUGGGAUUGUUCAGCCUUACCCUCCUCUAUGUGACAUCAAAGGCAGCUAUGUAUCUCAGUUUGAACAUACCAUAUUACUCCGUCCUACUUGCAAAGAGGUGAUAUCAAGAGGCGAUGACUAUUAAUGGCACGACAAAGUGUGAUGAUGAUCUGAGCUUAAUCAAUAAUUAGGGUUUACGUUCUGCCGGGCGCUGUGCGGAGGCUAGUCCCUAUUUGUUGUGUAUCUUUAAGUCUCCUUAUUCGACUAACAGCUACAUGCGGCUACCUUUUUCCUUUCCCACUGUUUUGUUUGGAGAAUGGUUCUUGUUAGGAAAACUUGUGCAACUGAUUGAUUAUCUGUUGGUGAGAGACAGAAUGUGAAGCUUAUUAUGAAAGGUGCAUUUUCUUGAGAUUGAA